GGCAGUGGCUCAUCGAGCAGAUCGACAGCAGCAUGUACCCGGGGCUGAUCUGGGAGAACGACGCCAAGAGCAUGUUCCGGAUCCCGUGGAAACACGCCGGCAAGCAGGACUACAACCAGGAGGUGGACGCCUCCAUUUUCAAGGCCUGGGCAGUCUUUAAAGGGAAGUUCAAGGAAGGCGACAAAGCUGAACCAGCCACUUGGAAGACCAGGCUGCGCUGUGCCUUGAACAAGAGCCCAGAUUUUGAGGAAGUGACAGACCGGUCCCAGCUGGACAUUUCCGAGCCAUACAAAGUUUACCGCAUCGUCCCCGAGGAAGAGCAAAAAUACAAGCUCGGCGUGGCGGCCCCCGGCUGUGUGGGCGAGGUCGCGGAGAUGGAGUGUGGGCGCUCGGAGAUCGACGAGCUGAUGAAGGAGCCCUCCGUGGACGAUUACAUGGGCAUCGUGAAAAGGAGCCCCUCCCCGCCGGAGGCCUGCCGGAACCAGCUCCUGCCGGACUGGUGGACACAGCAGCCCAGCGCAGGCUUGCCGCUGGUGGCGGGGUACGCGGCCUACGACCACUCAGUCUUCUCCCAGAUGGUCAUCACCUUCUACUACGGGGGCAAGCUGGUGGGCCAGACCACCACCACCUGCCUGGAGGGCUGCCGCCUGUCGCCCAGCCAGCCGGGCCUGCCCAGCGGCAAGCUGCUGGGGCCCGAGGGCCUGGAGCUGGUGCGCUUCCCGCCGGCCGACGCCAUCCCCAGCGAGAGGCAGCGGCAGGUGACGCGGAAGCUGUUCGGGCACCUGGAGCGCGGGGUGCUGCUGCACAGCGGCCGGCAGGGCGUGCUGGUCAAGCGGCUGUGCCAGGGCCGUGUGUUCUGCAGCGGCAACGCCGUGGUGUGCCGGGACAGGCCCAACAAGCUGGAGCGUGACGAGGUGGCCAAGGUCUUCGACACCACCCAGUUCCUCCGAGAGCUCCAGCAGUUCUACAACAGCCAGAGCCGGCUGCCUGACAGCAGGGUGGUGCUGUGCUUCGGGGAGGAGUUUCCAGACAUGACUCCUCUGCGCUCCAAGCUCAUCCUCGUGCAGGUGGAGCAGCUGUACGCCCGGCAGCUGGUGGAAGAAGCCGGGAAGGGCUGUGGGGUCGGCGCCGUGCUGCAGCCCGAGGAGCCCCAGCCAGACCAGGUCUUCCGGAUGUUCCCCGACGUGUGUGCCUCCCACCAGAGACCCUUUUUCAGAGAAAACCAACAGAUCACGGUCUGAGCGCCUCGGGCACCCGCCCAGCGGCGUCCGACUGCACUGUUGCCAUCGCUGCGGUGAUGGCGUCCGGGUGUGGACCCCGCUAAGCUGGGCGGGUGCCUCCCUUGGCUCCGAUCUGGGAAGGGCACCCUCUGAGGGCUGUCCGCGGCCGUGGGGAUGCCAGCGCACACCGGCCCCUCGCCCGCUGUCAGGGUACCCCGGAAGCGCCCGUCUCUUGCCUUUGCCCUCAUUACCGUCCACCCGGCGAUGCUGUCCACAUUUUGGGGUAACUGACACUUCCAAAGCCUGAGCAUUCAACAUGGGUAGCGAGCAGCCGCUGGCCAGACAGAACUGGGGUCCGCUGUGGGCUUGCAGGGACACCGCUGGCUUUGUCUUUAUCUUUUGUUAAAGCUGUAGGUUUCUGAGCUCAUAGGCUUGAUUGAUGCAAACGUCUCUCUAUUUUGAAGCAUGUGAAUGAGAAUUAAGGCUCCCCAUAGGUGGGGGCAGAGCUUCUGGCCUGGCGAGGGUGCGCCGGUCCCGCUGCCGCUUUGCCUCAGAUGCUGAAAACACUCCCUCUGGGCCUUGCUGCCGGGAAACAGAACCACGUGGACUUCUUUCAUUGCAGUAAUUAAAUCACCAGAGCGACCUCUUCUCCUUUCUUAAUGAUUUUGAGCUGUUAUAGAAAUAUUUGUCCUUGUAACUGUGCUGUUGUAAACUGCUUGAGUCUUCUGACGUUAUGACGUGGGCAGGACCUGAGCCACAAUCCCCAAACAUGAGCAGUGACUGCGGGGCAUGUGGGCGUUUCUUGCGCCCAGCCCGUCUGUCCUGCGCGGGGCAUGCUCAGUGUGGGCACGGGGAGGGGGCUGGGCGGUGGGGUGAGUUGUGCAGGAUCCCCGAGGACUCCCCGGGCAUGGGGCGGGUGGACGCUGGCAGGGAGAAAGGCUCCCUAGGACUCCCUGGGACUCCUCAGUGUACUGUGGCCCCCCGCCCCCCCUGCAUGCCUGGCCAUCAGAGAGGGGGGCUUGAGGGGGACAUUCCCUGGACAAGCCCGUGGUCAUCGGCAGGAACUUAGCCUUCUACUAGCAAGUAAGCGUGCAGCCUCUGCCCAGAGAGGUUUACGUAAACCGUGGCACUGGUCCAAGAGUGGGCAGGGGGUGGGGGGGUACACGCUGAACUGAACCCCCUCCCACAGGCCUCCCAGUGGGGCACAGGCACCUCCAGGCCACUUGACAAUCACUGUCAUUGUUGGAAAGCACUUGAGCAUUUUUUCCUGAGCAAAUUUUCCCUGUAUUUGUUGGAGUGGGGUGUCCCUUGUUGGAAUAGGGGGUCCCUUGCUCAAAGUCUGUGCGCCCGGGUGAUGCCCAGGGACUUCCAGACUGCCUGUGCGUGCCCACCGCCGCGGGUGUCCCCUGCCUGUCUGCUCUGGGCCUGUUGAUGUGGCUGCUGCUGUGCGGGUGGUGGAGACAUCAGGUGGACUUGGGGGGCUGGGGGGGGCUGCUGUUCCUGGGUGGCGAGCGUCCUUUCUCUCCCCAGCCCACCUGCUCGCCUCUGCCCUACCGACUGGGGAUCUCACCCGCCAGGGCAGGGAGGGGCUUCGCCCGGUGGGGUAGGAGAUAGGCGGGGGUUGGGGGGGCUAAGAUGGCCCCCCGCCGCUUACCCGUGUCCUGGAGGCCCUGAGCGUCUGACCGGGCACCGGAAGGGCCCGCGGGCCGCUCACAUCCCUGCCCCUGCAGCCGCGGCGGCGCAGGCACGGCCCACGGGGCCUCCGCACCAGGCGCCUCCGAGUGCGUGGACUCGUGCGGCCCACGGGAAGCGCCAGCCACGGCGGCUGUCUCCGUGGGCCACAGAGUGGGAGUUAGAGCUGCAGGGUGCCUGACCUGUCUUCUGAAAUUCUGUCUCCAGCUCAGAUAACUGUAAGGCAUACGUCUUUCAUAUGCGCAAUGAAUAUUUAUUUUUGU